UGAUAUGUCGGAUGAUACCCCCUUUUGACGGCUCCCCUGCUCCGCCUUCGACAGGGGAAAAAACUUAAAAAAGCCACCUCCGUAGCAGUUAGUAAUAGACGCCAGCAUUGCAAUAUGCAGCUACUAGGUUCCUGGAGGGGUGGAGUAUGAGUUGUCUUUUUCUCUGCAAUCGCGUAGGCUGUCAGAUUAGAUUGGCUCGAUUUUGUCCCCCUUUUUUUUGCCUGCUCCAUGAUCGUGUAUUCUAGUGUAUUUGUGCUCAGAUAGCUCCCUCCAUCGGACUUCAUGUCAAACAGACGUUGCCAACUUGAACCGAAAAAACGGGCCAUCCCUCCUCAACUUUCUCCUCUAAUUUCCACUCCUUCGUCGAAGAUGCUGAGAUGGUAAGCUUCUUCCUCCUCGAGCUCGUGUAUGCACAGCCGAAGACACAGGCAGGAGACAGGCCAGGAGGUAGGGGAAGAUACUGCCCGUACACACACACACACACACACACACACACACACACACACACACACACACACACACACUACAUACACUUCCGCAUACACACGCACACACACACACACACACACACACAGAGAGAGAGAGAGAGAGAGAGAGAGAGAGAGAGAGAGAGAGAGAGAGAGAGAGAGAGAGNAGAGAGAGAGAGAGAGAGAGAGAGAGAGAGAGAGAGAGAGAGAGAGAGAGAGAGAGAGAGAGAGAGAGAGAGAGAGAGAUUGGUUUUUCACUCGUGGUAACGGUUGCUAGUGUUUUGAAGUUCUCAGAGGCAGCUGAGUGCACACUAUUCCAAUCGUGACAUUAUAGAAUUGACCAUUCUUUUUGCUCGUAUAGUGUGAUUGCUCUGAUGUAGGGAAGGCCUGAGAGUAAGUGCUCAGCAGUAAUAGACACAAGGAUUAUGCAGUGCACUGCCUUUUGAUUUGUUGGUUGGCGUUCCUCGGUACAGAGAAAAAGCAUAUCACAGGAGAGGACCCAAUUCGACCACCUUAAGGGUAAGAUAUUCCACGAAGAUCAAAUUUUCCGGGUUUAACUUACCGUAUCGUAAGUGACCGGCUGGCCUGCCUUGAAGAUGAUAGAAUGACCAGCCUCCUGCUGUAGGUAGACGAAUAUCCAGAGGCGAGGGUUUAUGGAGACUGCGGAAGCCUUGUUGUAUCUUUUUUCUUCCUUCAAUUUCUUCAAAGCCCUGUUCUGAUUCUCGUCGCAGGGGGGUUUACUGAGACUUUUCUUAUCUCUAAUAUUUCCCUCUCCUUUUUUAGGUCUUCACUUUCUUCCCUACGUAGGCAAGCACAUAUGCUGGCGCUAGCGCUCUCUCGCACACUCACGAGCAUAUAAUCUACAGAUUCUACACACCUAGCUUAGAAUCCCUCCGGGUAGAGUAGUGUGCCUCAAAUUCUGUGCUUUUGCCCUCGGUCAGUGUACUAGUACUGUAGUAGCUGGAGCAUUGUGCGUCCCACUGGUGACGUGGUGAACCUCUUGUGAUACUCCUUGAGUGCUUGAUGCCAGGUCGACUCGGCGGGCUGAGACGUAGAAGUGUUUUUGUGACUGCUGAGGCCUCUGGCAGAAUGGCAGAGAAUGCCUCUGUUGAUGGCCGUUGGCUGUUCUCUAUUGGUCGUGCGUUCUGCCCACCGCACAACCGCUGGCGUAGACCAGGUGACCUCCUCGACCACUGGAACGCAAUCCAGUCCAGUCAUUUCUCUUUUGAUUCUGAUGAUGAGACAGAUCAGAUUCUGUGGGCGGCAACGACGGCUGAGUUGCAAUUUUCAACAAUUCACUUAUGAAUCCCUCCUACCUGUUUGUUUUCCAAGGCAAGAUUCGGUCCAGAGGACGUCGACAGGGGGAGGAGAGGGGGGGGGGAGAUAAGGUGACGACAUGAGAGGCGAGUGGAAGGCAAACCAAGAGGCAUCUGAAGAUUCUGAAGUGUGAAGAAGUGUGAAGCACGUACACGCUGUUGCAACGGACUGGACAGUAUUUUCAGGGAAGGGAAGGUCUACAUUCUUCUGAGAUGCUGAACUUGAUUUAGCGUCGGCACGACAUGACAUCUGGUGACGAUUUAUGAGCUCUGCCAGCAGGAUUGUGUACGCUAAGGUAUAAAAUGCAUGACCCACAACGUUGAUCUCUGCCAGCUGAGGGUAUGCUGAGGGUACUAUGUAUUAUCAGGGAAGGAUCAUGGAUCAUUCAUUCUCCUGAGAUGUUGUAGUUGAGCGUCGGCAGGAUAUGACGUUUGACGAUCUGAUGCUUAUGAGCUCUGACAGCUGGAUGGUGCAACUCCAGGAAGUGGUGUGUACGAUAUAUAACAUGCGUGACCAACGACAUUGAUCUGUGUGCCAGUCCAGUAUACCACCGACGGACUAGAAGAGUUCUUUCCGCUGAUGACGGGCUUUCGACCGAAGCUUUUGAUAGUUCCGGGUUUUUUGACGAGGAGUUUCACGGUGUUUCUUUUUUUGUGUUUGUUUGGAAACCUGGAAGGUAUUGCUUGGAGAAUGUUUUGAGUUAGGCCCAGCCCACUCAGAUGCCAGCCAAUGGGACUUGUCUCUCGCUGAUUGCUUUGUCGAAUAUUUUUCGGUAAUUCGCAUAAUUAAUUAUUUAAUGAAUAAGUAAACUGCGUAAUUAACGACUUGGAUGGAGGUAAGACAUGUCCAAGGGUGUGUCAUUUUCAGAACUCGCGUUGCAGCUGUCAAUCACCCACAGGACCCCCUAGGAACCCCGUAGGAAAAGGUGAGUCAGGUGACUGCAUCCACCCAGAUGAAGUAAGGUCCCUUUCCACGGUGGAGACUCUUUCCCUUGCUUCCUCAUCUCCGUUUUAUUUUUUCUCUCCUGCAUGCUUAGAUCAGGGCAUAGACAGAAGGACAGUCUCACCCUGAGCUCACGCUUGCGCUGUGGGCUGCGUCCGUAAAACUUGAGCAUUAUCUAUUGGCGAUCUUAAGCAAGUCAUCUCGCAGCGGGCAGAGGUGCCGAGAAGCCUCCUUCCGGAUAUUGGGACCCCGGUAAGGAGAAGUGGUCGUGAGGGCCCUGUAUCUCCUCUCCUGUUCUCCAUGACUGUGCAGCGUAAUGUGGAUGCCUCACAAAUUGUGUACCUACGUUGCCUUCAUUCAUUGAUUGGUCGCCAGUCUCUUUCACGAACCUCAGGAAUUACACGACUGUACGUUCAUCCGUCAUCUUGACACUUUCUGAAGACAUGGUUCAGACAAGGUACAGGGUCUCGGGCGGUCAGCUCAGAGUAGUCUUUUUCUGUUAGCGGCUGGGGGACCCUCGUAAUCUGCCUGAGAGGAACCGUCAUAAUUAUUAUGAUGACGAGAUGGUGGCUUGAUGGAAAAGAGGGUUGACGGUGACUAUCGUGACAAGGAGGAUGAUCGAUAUUAUGGCGCCAAUCAGGAGGGAAUCAAAUGUGUUAUUGGAAUGAACUUGUGAUUGAUGUCCAUCAGGGGAGAGUGGUACAAUAGCUAUGAGCCUAUGAGAGAGUCGUUUGUCUUCUGUGCCGGAUAUGAUGCAGUGAACAAUUCAGGGGCGGGCACAAACAAUGUCGUGAUCCAUCCUCUUUGUGGCCAAAUCUAAUUUAUUAUUACGUUGUCACAAGGAAAAAUGAGUCGUUUGUGAGUUUCCUACUUGUCUGGUCAGUGAGCAUGUCAGGGAGGCACUACGGUAUCACUGAUUGUUCUGGAUUGCUUAUCUUCUACAGAUGUCAAACUCAAAAUGCUUCUUUUGCCUUGAUAUCGGCAGAAAAUACAGGGUUCGAGGUCAUCAUGCG